UGCCCUACUUAGUUCUCAUACAUGAAACACAAGCAAGUGAAGUAGAGAAGCUGUAGUAACUAGAAUUGAAAAUUAGUGAUAUGUAGCAUAAUUUAUUUUAAGGUGUGUAUAGAGAAAAAAAUUGACUGAGGACCUACUUUACACUUCGGAGAUAUAAAAAGAAAAAUCAUGAUAAGCAAGUUAGCAGUGAAGGAUAUUUAUUUUUGAUGGAGACCAUGUAACACAGGAUACAAUCAGUAUGCAGGAGAAUGAACGUAACACAAGAGAUUGGUGCGCCAUCUGGGGGACUAUUUUAACGUCGUCCUGCCUAAUGUGCAUGGGUUUUGUGCUCCUUGUUGAUGGGAUAGACAACACGGCAGGAUAUAGCCUUCUGUUUUCUGGAGGUAUACUAUUGGUGCUAUCGAUAAUGGCCGCCCUUGGCAAAUGCAGACUCAACAGGUCCUACGGCCAAGACGUGAACCACGACCCUCCUCCUUCGUAUAGGUGGUCGUGGAGAAGGUCGUUCCUGAGGAGACACCCGUCCUGCAGAAUGACAGACCGUCGGCUGAUAUCCCGCAACAGACAGGAAGAAAACGGAACUGUCAACCAAGCCACAGAUUCCCAAGACUCCGAAAUUAAUGAAACUCUUUCAUCUUAUUCCGUUUCCACGAUCCGCGUGACAGGUUCUCCACGGAAUAAUAUGUCUGACAUAUCUAUCCCUAUGUCUGGCACUCCUGCAGAAGGAGAAAGAUACGCGGAAGAGGGUCGUUUAAGCGUAAACACACUCAUACACGCUCAUUCACUUUCGUCUGUAGCUGAUCCGCCGUGUUACGAAAUGGCUGUCGCUAAUAUGGACGAAGGUACGCUCAGGAAACUAAAAUCAGAGAUGGAUUUGCGUACAAUGUCUCGCGUGGUGGAGUUUCCAGGAGUGAAAUGACUUGGGGAGUCGUAGAGAAUGUGUGGGAUUAUAUUGCUCUGAAAUUGUUAAAACGGAGAAAGGAAACAUGAGAAAACAUGGAAAAAGUAAUGUUGAAAUGUUAAAACGGAGAAUGGAAGUGAGAAAACAUGGAAGGUGACAGAGAUGAAAAAAAAGGUGAGUGUAAGAGAGGGUAGUGAAGGCGAGGUAUCAGCUUCUUAUUAUCAGUCGCACAUUCCCGACACUUUUUUGUUUAUUUAACGUGAUGCAACAAUGAGUGUUAUAUAUCAUGCAGUGCAACCGUCAGCUGUUCUCUCCCUUAUUAUGCAACAUAUCUCUCAUAAUAUGCAAUUGUCAGCUGUUAUUUCUCUCAUUACGUGUGUUGCAUCAUGGCAACAGAAGAGUAAAGUCGACAUUUUCCUUCGUUCAUGAUUGAAUGAUUUCUCACACCUCAGUACCUUUUAUUAUUAUUAAAAUACUUUAUAUAUGAUGAUUAUUUUUGAUAGUUGUAGCUUUUAAGAAACUGUUUUGCGCUUUGUGAUAUUCCUGUAUUUUUUUUUACUGUUAAUAAAAAUGUGAAGAAUU